AUGCCCUUCACUCGCGCUUACUCGUCGCAGCACAGCGCAACCAUGGAUCCGAGCACCAGCACCCACGCCUCCUCCUCCUCCCACCUUCCCUCUUCGCCGCGUCAAGCCGACUCUCCCCACCAUGCCUACGCGAGCCCAGACGCACCACUUGAACACGACUCGUCGCGUUCCCGCCUCUUUUCGUCCGGCCGCAAGUCGCCAGACCCAUUUCGUCGCUUUCGCCGCAACUCGAACAACUCGCUGCACAUCUUGACCGCUCCACCCACCCUCGACGCUGCUCAAUCUUUCGAUGCGCAGCAAUACCACCUCGAACGUCAGGACCGCUCCAUCCCCGACUAUCCCGCCGCUCUCAACACGCCCCGCUCUGCUCCGCCACCCCUCCCGUCGCCCUCCACCAAACCUGUCUUCCAGCGUCCAAAACGCACAAAGUCGUCCAGCAUCUCCAUCCUCUCCUCCGGCUUGGCCAGGCGCCCAAAGGACUCGCUACCGCCCUCCUCCUCCUCUCCGGACGUCCGAAGAAGACAUCGCAAGAGCGCAUCCCUCUCGGGCUCCGACGUCGACUUUUCCUCCAACAACAACAUCCUCGACUCGACCCACUCACGUCCCGCUACGCCAAUGAUGCGCCCAGCCUCGCCUUCGCCCUCCCUCUCCGAUAGCCUCGCAUUCCCGCCUGCCUCGGCCGCCUACCGCUCCAAACAGCACAAGCAGGCUUGGUAUCAGGCCCAACAAAAGACCAUCGAGCUCGACGGAACAUACAACCGCGGCGUACACUCCCCAGAAUCCGGCAGUGCGCAUCUCUUCCCGCUCAAUGUCACCACCACACAGUCCAACAGCGGCCCCGCCACCGAUCGCGCGCGCAGCUCACCCACGCACUCGCGUUCCGACCGUCCCGUCGUAGAGACCUUCCUGUCCGAGGAGGAGAUGCUCGCCGCCGGAAUCCACAUCAUCCGCAGACGCGACCAAGACGCUGCUCCAACCCCUCCCGCUAGCCACAAACACCUCCCCUCGCUCUCCACCACCACCCUGGCGCCCACAAAGCCACCACGCUUGGACGGCGCCGAUCAGCCCGACUUUCUCGAGCUCAUCGACUCGCCCAUCCCCAGCAAACACGCGAGCCCGCUCCUCGGCCAGCUUGUCGAUCCGCCCGCCUCGUCAGCCACACUGCAACGCGCCAUCUCGCACACACACGCAAAGUCCAGUAGCGGCAGCAUCUCCAUGUCCUCGGCAGACUCCAACGACUACCUCCCGCUCUCGAACUCCCAGCACCAAGUGCACCGCGACGACUCCUCUUCACUCAACAAUGGCAGCACAAGCAGCCUCGGCAGCACCGGCAAACACUCCUUCUCCUUUGCCAAGCUCCGGCGCAACGGCGCAAAGAACAAGGACGCCGCUUCCUCAUCCCGCCCCUCCACCGCCAACUCGUCCAACGAGGAGGUCAACAGCGUCAAGUCGUUCCUCUACCCCACGCGCGCAGCACAGCCUCAGCCUCUCCAGACGCACCAGUCUCGCCAGCAGACGCCCGUGCCGGCCGCACCGCAGUCCGAUGCACCGGCGCCGGCUGCUGCUUCGCCACCAGGCUACCUUUCGCCAGGUCCCAGCUCCUCCGCCUCCCCCUUCCUCAACAAGCACUCUGCUACAGUUGGACGUGCCUCGGGCAGCUCCGUCGCCGGACACACCGCCAAGAACGGCCUCACCCAGGUCUUUGGCGGUGGCUCGGGCGCCGCUUCCCUCGGUCCAUCGUCCUCGGCAGCCAGCGCUCGGGGUCUCGCAUCCACCAACGGCGUUCCGCCUCCCAAGCCGCCAAAGCCCAAGCCGAGCUUGCUCGCUGCCUUUCCGCGCUCGGACAACGCCACGCCGGGUGUUUCGAUUUCCGCGCCCACGUCCGCCAACCUCGACUCGCGCUAUCCUGUCGACGGCGCCUCGCGCAAUCUGCUCAGUCUGCCUGGCCAGGCGGGCUACCCACAAGAACCGGCAGGUAACAGCAUCUAUCGCAAUAUUUCACACUCGCGCUCUCAGGAGGCCGUGGCCGAGGCCAGGCUCGAUGCCGAGGCGUUGCGCGCGUCUGCAGGCACUCCUAUGCCUCCGCCGCGCAGACUCAACCAGCACCGAAAUGGCCUCACUGGUGCUGAUGCAGCCGGCUCGCCCGCAUACUCGGCGUACUCGAGCUCUGCCAUGGGCAGGAGCACAUCAGGCGGCGCUGGCGGCGUGGUCGGCGCGCUGGGCCAUGUCGGCCAGUUUGGUGCUGCAAUGGGUCGCAAGGGCUGGGACUUUAUGAAGACGCUCCAGACCUCCAAUGCCGCUGCCACCUCGGCUCGCAACGGCACUCAUGCCUCCGCUUACCGCGCUGGGGGCGCUGGUGCAUCGUCAGCUUCGAGCUUGGCCGCCGCAGCUGAAAACGAGCCGACUCGUCAGUGGCUGCUGCUGCUCGAGGCGCCCGAGUCGUCGCGUUCCGCCUCGCUCCGCGGUCCCGGCGAGGUGUUUGGCGCGUCGCUCCAAGACGCCGUCUUGCGCUCGCGCCUCUCGAGCAUCUCGACCGACAAUGUGCGCGCCGAAGACCACCUCGGAGUGCCAGAUCUGGGCCAAAAGUUCAGUGCCAACUUUCUCGACUCGCCCGGCGCCACGCCGCGUGCCUCGGUCGCCAGCGCGGGCGCUGGUGAGCCCGUGGACCGCGACGAGGCGCGUCACCUGUAUCUGCCGCGGCUCGUGGUGCGCUGCAUCCAGAGCCUGGAGCGCUGGGGUCCGUCUGAAGAAGGCAUCUACCGCAUCAGCGGCCGCAGCAGCCACACGGCCAAACUGCGCGCGCACUUUGCCGACCCACGCAACGACCUGCGUCUCGACGAGAUCAGCCCGGCGGACCUGGACAUCAACUCGGUAUGCAGCCUGCUCAAGAGCUAUCUGCGCGAGCUGCCCGACACGCUCAUCCCGCCCGCGCACACCGCACAGAUGGAUGCGGUGGUGGCGCGCCUGUUUGCGGGCAUCGACUCGUCGGCGCCUGCAGCCGAAGUGCAGAGCGCGGCGGCAGGCAAGGCGAGCGAGGCGCGUGCGGCGCAGAUCCCUGUCGAGCACGUCGCCAAGGAGCUGACGCCGCUGGUGCAGAAGCUGCCCGUGCACAACUGGUACCUGCUGCGCGAGCUCACGCACCAUCUCGGGCUGCUGGCGCAGCCGGACGUGGUGGCGCACACCAAGAUGCCGCUGAGCAAUCUCACGCUCGUGCUCGCACCGACGCUGUCGAUCUCGCUCGCGCUGCUGCAGGUGCUGGUGCGCCACCGCGAUGGCGUAUUCGGCGCUGCGCCGCACGUGGACGUCGCUUCGGCGGCGGCGAGCGCGCUAGCGGGCGCGUCGAAGGACAGCGCACCUGCGUCCCCCGCCAAGGGCGUGCGGCCGCCGCGGCCGGUCAAGCCGGAGCGGCUGAGUGGCGCGAGCAAGCUGCCGGUGAUGGUGCGCAAGCGCGCGUCGUCGAUGGGCUUGGGUGCGUUGCUGUCGUCGCCGACGUCCAAGACGGCGGAUGCGCGCGACCGGGUGCGCGAGCAGCACCGGCGCACGUCUUCCACGACGCCGUCGCUCGAGCUGCCUGCGGACAUUACGGCGUCGGUGGCGUCGGGCGCGCGCACGCCGCCGCCGCCGUCGCCGCGCGCCGACGAGCCGUACGAGCGUCCCUCGACGUCGCUGGGCCACUUUGAGGCUGCGCCGGCGCGCGCGCGGCCGGGACACGCACGAUUCGGCUCGCGCGAUGCCGCGCUGCGCUUCGACGCACUGGCUCUCGACGAUCGCGGCGACGAGCGUGGCGAUCAGGACACGCCGAUUGCGCGGUACUAUGCGCGCAUCCGCGAAGAAGCCGAGCUUGCGAGCACGGGGGGCGACGACGUCGCGCCCCGCGAUGGCGCGGCGACGCCCGUGGCGCCGAUCGUGCCGGUGGCGGGCGAGAUGCAUCGGUACUGGGCGGAAAAGACGGCGGCGGGGCGGAGUGGGCGCACGAGUGCGCUCGACCGCCCGCGGCCGCCGACGUCGGGCUCGGCGAGCUUUUUUGCGGGCAGGAGCAGGAGGCAGGACUCGGUGAACGGGCUGGCGGCGUUCAAGCCGGGCGCGCACGAGAGUGCGAUUCCGUCGCUGGUGCGCAACGGCGACGAGGGCACGACGCGGCCGCUGCACAUUGUCAAGCGCACGCGCGCGCGCGGUGCGUCGGAUGCGUAG